UCAGUAUGCACUUUGACCGUUUCUAGUCUGUUGUGUGUUGAGUGUUGAGCUGUGCAAGAACUCAAGAAAAAUCUGAAUGCAAGUGUUCCUGUACCUCCAGAGCUGAACACAAAGAUCAUGACUGAGGAGGUUUGUGAUGUGAUGGUGGUUGGCUCCUGUAUGACUGACUUGGUGAGCCAGGCACCAAGGCUACCCAAAGCCGGGGAAACCAUCCAUGGUCACAAGUUCUUCAUUGGCUUUGGAGGGAAAGGGGCCAACCAGUGCAUACAGGCUGCAAGACUGGGGGCCAAAACCACUAUGGUCUGCAAGGUUGGUAAAGACUUCUUUGGAGACAAUUACAUUCAGAAUUUCAAAGACAAUGGUGUACACACAGACUUUGUUGGUCAAGCCUCUGAUGCAGCCACAGGAGUUGCCUCCAUCAUUGUCAACGAUGCAGGUGAGAAUGCCAUUGUGAUCGUGGCUGGUGCCAACAUGCUGCUGGGCAGUGAGGAGCUGCACAAAGCUCUUCCCGCCAUCAGUCAUGCAAAGGUUCUGGUGUGCCAGCUGGAGAUCAGCCCGCAGACGUCCUUGCAGGCACUACGCAUGGCUCAGGAGAACAAAGUAAAGACAAUAUUCAACCCAGCGCCGGCCAUUCCUGACUUGGAUACAGAGUUCUACAGAGCCUCUGAUGUGUUUUGCUGUAAUGAGUCUGAGGCUGAGCUGCUGACUGGUUCCUCAGUAGUUAAUGUGGAGGAAGCACUUCGGGCCGGUCAGGAGCUGCUGAAGCGAGGCUGUGGCUCAGUUAUCAUCACUUUGGGUCCCCAAGGCUGCGUGGUUGUCAAGGCACAGGAGUCACCCUCGAAACAUGUUAAAACUACCGCGGUCACAACAGUGGACACUACGACGCCCCCCCCUCCCUCGGCCAACCGCCUCCAGGGCGUGGACGCCACAUUCCAUCUCUAUCAAUAGAUGAGUAGGGAAAAUGCAUGGUUUAUCUGUUUAAACAGAAGUUGUUAAUGCAGCCAUGUGCUAUUCCGAUGACUUAGAAAAACAAUCAGAAAACACAGUGGGGAUUUCUUUGUUUGAUUGUUUGUUCCAGUUACUGAUUAGAAGGUUAAUUCAGAAAAAAAACAUUAAAUACAAAUGAGAGUUAAUUUGUUCUUGAGCAACAAUUUGGGGAAUUACACAUAUAGAAUGUUGUAGGUAGCAGUCUUUUUUUUCCAAAUAAUUUUGAGGGAUAAUAAUGCACUUUUUGUCUUUUCUUGUAGUUCAGAGAAAAAUAUUCUUCUUUUCUAAAUAAUAAAGGAUGUCAUGUAACAAUUGCCAUGCUGUUUCAUGAGCUUCUUACACCUAAUGUAUCAUUGUGCUCACAUUAUUAGGUGUGAGUAAUGCCCGUAAUACAGAUGUUUCUCUGAAAGAGCUGACUGAGACACACUUUCACAUAAGGUAACAAUUCAGUAACUCAUUUAAAAGUAGUUCAGACUUUAGGCAGCAACACACGACUUGCAGCUUACAAAUGCCAUAGCACCCCCUACUGUUGAAUGUUUAUUGAAUUGAUAAAUGCACCUUCCCAUUUUUUCAUUUACCUAGUGUUCCGAUACGCUUAAAUACAGCAUGGAACAUUUUUUCGACAGUAAAGCUUUGAGAUAAAUCAUAUUACACAGAUUCAUCGUUUGUAGUAUUUCUCCUCACAUACUCAUUGCAGCCUACUCAGAUUUUAUGAUUCUGCUGAGUAGAGCACUGCUGUAGAAUUACACAGUGGAACAGUUUGAACCACAGGUGGAAUUUAAUAAAGCUUUCUUGUAAUAUUGUUUCUUCACAGGGUGCUGGAGACAGCUUUAUUGGAGCACUGGCAUUUUACAUGGCUCAUUAUCCCACAAUGCCUCUGGAGGAGAUGGCCCGCAGAGCCAAUCAGGUGGCAGGAGUGAGUGUGCAGACUGUUGGCACGCAGAUAUCUUACCC